AUGUGCUCCACGAGCGUAUUUAAAAUCGUCUACGGUAUCUUCUUCAACUUAUCUCUCGACUACUCCUUGAUACUCUACACAGAGUACAAGGCCGCGGUGGCGAAGAAGUUUCAAGAAGUGGCCAAAGGAAAACAGUUGUCGUCUCUGUUAUUUCCACGAUUCUUGGGUCUUCUCCUAAGACCAGCUCUCGAUGACAACAAUAUUGAUGUGGGUCGUCUACCUGCUCACAAGGUAAACGUGCUCACUCAAUACAGACCUACAGUGAACAAGGAAGGUUAUGAAGCAGAGAGGCCUAUUCCAAAGAGGCUCAUGAGCUAUAUGAAGUCCAAAGAGAUUAGAAGAGUGUACAGACGUAUACGCGAGACACUAGGACCAGUGUCUCGAACCUCGUUACGCAUAGAAACAACCGAGGAAGAAGAGAGGACUGAGGACACAUCAAGGCCUCAGGCAGAGGGGGAAACGGUGAGAGCAGGAAAAGAGAGAAUGAGAGUAGAGGAAAAAAGGGUGAGUGUACAACAAGAGAGAGAAAAAGAAAGAAAACGUGAGGAGGCGAGGAAAAAGAAAGCUGAGAGGGAGAAGAAGGAGGUAGAGCGAGCAGAGCAAGAGAGAUUAGCUGAGCUUGCUCAUGCUAGAGCAGAGGAGGAGCGAGCAGAAAAAGCUCGCCAAGCAGAAAUCGCUCGACUGAGGGAAGAGGCCAGACUCAGAGCAGAAGAAGAGGCUCGUCAAACCUUGGCUCACUCCUCUAGUCCAAACCAAGGGGAUGACCGAGAGCAUUACGACGAUGCUGCAAGGUCUUACACAAGCGAGGAGAGUGAGGAAGAAGAGGAAGAGAUAUUAAGAGCUGAGUCUAUGACGAAUGCUUCUCAUAAAAAUACACUCAUGGAAUUGACGGCACACAAUAUAGAGACAUUACAACAGGUCGUGGCAUCAAUACAGAGGGUUGAGGCGUCUACAUCUCAUGGCACCCAGGCCCUCAUUCCUCUGAGUGUACAUAUGGAUUAUGUCACACAGAGCGCAAUGAAAGCUCUGGGUGACAGACUUCUACAAAAGGUGGAGGACUUCACUACAGACUUCAAUAGCAAAGCGACAAAAGCAGCGAAGGAUAUCAACGAUACACUUGUUAGAUUAAACUACCGCUCAGACGAUGAAAUGCGAAAGGUUGGGGUUGCAGUCGACGAACUCCUCAAAGUCAUUGAGGAGAUGAUCAAAUUGAUUCCUCGAGCAGAGGACGAGAGACCAAAGCGACAAAGGGAUCCAUCUUCUUGUACAGAACCAUCAACGAGGAGGCGACUUGACGAUGAUGAGGACCCAGACGAGUCUCGUCCACAAAAUCGUCAAGAGGGGGAAAACUUUCCUACAACCAUCCUAAGCACCAACGUCCUCUGCCCCACACCAACAAGCUCAAAAACCUUCAAGGCAGAGCAGACAAAGCCAACCAGCAUCAGACAACGCAGAGGCACUUUGUAA